AGGGGUGGCAUGAAAGAGGUAGCGUUGAGUGGAAGUUAACGUUGCGUCAUGGACUUGAUGACCUGUCGAUCUUUGAACGCGCAGAAUGUAUUUGUGAGCGUUUGUGUUCAACUUUAUUUAGAUUUUCACGAGGACAAUCUGAUGUGAUAUCGGUGCUUUAAGUACUUCCGUAGCAGUGCCAUACAGCUUAGUGUAUCGUCUUCAUGACAAAGGACCUGAUGCAUCACGCGCCGCAUGGAUAUCCGUACGUUGUUGGCGGAACUCCUGUCGCUUGCUACGCUCCUCAGACAUGGAGUGUUGUCCAGAGGGCACGAUUCCAACCGUAUGAAAAUUUAGAGCCAAAGCAACAUUCCGUAGAAGAUCAACGUCCUGUGCCGUCAAAUGCCUGCGUGAUUGGAGACGUUCCGGUUCCUUAUUGGUUGCGCGUUUAUUUGAAGGCGUCUCCAGAGCACGAUCACAAACUGCGUUGGGAUUUCUUCCGAAUUUCGGAAUUGGAAACGUUUGAGGCGAUGAUGCAACGAAUAAUGAUGGAAGAGAUGGAUGCAGUUAUCCGAAACUACGCCAUGUACCGGUAUUUCGUAUCCGAUCAUGAUCUCAUUUCUACCACACUACCUGUUAGAUCGUACCAAAAUAUUGACCACUCUGGUCAGUGUGAAUGGUUCCGAUCUGAUGGUUCGAAAUAUAGACCACCUUUUUAUUUCAGAGCUGCUUUGUUGGACGAAAUGAGUCGUCGCCGAUCCGUGAUGCUUGCGCGACAGAAUGAAGCCCGUUUGAAGCAGCUGCAAACGAUCUCCGUGCCAAUACCAAGGACACAACCCAUUCAGUUUCGUCAUGAAGAGAGCUACAAUAAUCGCGCAAGAAGCCCUCUGGAGCUUGAGAUGGAUUCCGGUGAUCACGUUGCAUUGGUUGACAUCACGGUCACCUCAAAUCUCUCUUCGGCAUAUGCUGAACGACGUUUUCCUGUCACAAUUACCAUUGGCGAGUUGAAGAACAAACUGGAAUUGCUCACAGGUGCCAAUGCGCAAACCAUGAAACUCACGUUGUCGAAUGAUGCCGGGAAUUUUGUAGCCAAUUUGACGGACCCCUUAAAGACGUUGCUGGAUCACGGAGUCGUGUCAGGCAUGAAAAUCCACGUAGUAGAUGAGGCAUCGGAGAACUUCUUCGACGAUCGUAAUGAAGUUGGAGGCUUCAGCUUGUCUCGAGAGGAAUAUGCCCAAAAAGAAGGGACAGUGCGAGAUUUUCUGACUAAAAACAAGCUGGGGAAGUUCAGCGAGGAGUACAAGGAAAAGCUAGAAAAAGAUCAAGCUUUGGCUGCUGAGAAAGCGAGCAAGAUGCAAGUUGGCGAUCGUUGUCAAGUUUCUGUCGUAAAACAACCGAUUCGUCGUGGAGAAAUUAUGUAUAUUGGCGAAGUGCACUUCAAGCCAGGUACAUGGAUCGGCGUGAAAUACGAUGAACCAAUGGGUAAAAACGAUGGCAGUGUGAAAGACAAGAGGUAUUUCACCUGCCAAAUGAAUUACGGUGGGUUCGUUAGUCCAUUGGACGUAGAAGUUGGCGAUAUCCCUGUUGAACUGGAUGAAGAUUUGGCCGAUCUCGAAGAAAUGUGA